AUGUUUGCCGCUUUACCCUCUCACAAUGUCAACAUGACCAAUCAACCCUCUUCCUCUGAUCCUAACCCAAACAUCAAGCAAAUUUGCUCUGAUCUACAAUCCAGAUUGAAGCUCAAUCCCGAGCAUUUGGAGAUUGCUCUUAUCAGAAGCAAGGCUACUCCUGAAGCAAGACACGCAAGCUUGGUCUUUACAAAUGGUGUGUAUCACCAAAUCAACUAUCAAGACAACGGUUCACAAAAAUUGGGCUUUGCAUAUGGCAGCACUUUCAGAGACUUUGUAAGAGCUAGUGCUCGGAUGUUCUUACUCAAGCCAACCCUUGAGGCAUACUCAAACAAUCCACACCAAAACGGCGAAAUACCCAAAACGCUAUUCUACCUGAAACUUGAUGCUGUUGAAAAACAGCCUGAUGGGUGGAAGACCAAUCACCUUCCAACCACCGGACUUCGGGACAAUCCAGACAUCCUUAACCACAAUUGCGAGGUCAUUGGCGACCUUUUAAAAUACCAACUCAGUAAUUUGCGUACACUGCUCCUAGCAGACAUCCUUGUGACCAAGAAGAAGCCUGUGGUUGAUGUAAUUCCUGAUCGUGGGCAGAUGUUGACCUUGAUUUAUGAAGAGCUCCCACCCAAAUCAUCAAAGCUCAACGAGUCUAAGAAAGAAUCUCAGUGGGUCAAAAUUGACAAGCGAUUGGGUAUUCUCCAAGGCUCAUCUUUUGAUUUUCAAAGGAAACAUGCAGAUCUUGUCUUGGAAAAAGACGCAGCACUCUUCUCACACAAGAAGAAGUUCUGUGAUCUUUUGCACACAGACCUCACCGUUCCUACCCUUGAAGAUGUCCAAAACGUGAUUGCUACUGCUCACUCUCCAGGUUUGGAUGAAUAG